AUGGCUGAAGUGCCAAGAGGGGUGAAAAAUCCAAAGAUAAUCACAAAGUUUGCUGGAGAAGUUGGGGAAUCAACCACUGAACAUGUUGCUCGAUAUUUGGUUAAGAUUGGAAAUUUAACUAGUGAUGAAAAUUUGACAAUGAAGUUUUUUCCUUCUUCGUUAACGAAGAAUGCAUUUACUUGGUUUUCAAAUCUUAGACCAAAUUCGAUAAUGACAUGGAAUCAGUUGGAAACUGCUUUUCACGCUCAGUUCUAUCGAGGGAAAAUGAAUAUGGCAGUUACUGAUCUAGUGGCUUUGAAACGUGAAGAUGGUGAAACCAUUAACGAUUAUAUGAUACGUUUCAAGAACGCUAGAAGUAGAUGCUAUGUUUCAUUACCUGAGAGCGAAGUGGUGAAAAUAGCAACUAUGGGGCUAGGAUUUUAUAUGCGCCGAAAAUUGCUUAAUGUGCAUAUCCCUGAUUUAGCUCAUUUGGCUGAAAAGGUCCGUCAAACCGAACUCAUGAAAAAGGAGAAGGAAAAAUAUAGAAGUAAGCAAAGAUCAAAGAAUAAACCUUUUACUCGAAAGGAGAAAGUUGCUUAUGUGACUAUGGAGUCCUCAAAAGAGGAACUCGAUUUCGAAACAGAGGUCGAUUUGGCUGAACGUAAAAAGGGCCCUCCAUAUGAUAAACAAUUAAUUCUGCCUGAGGGUAGAAUUUUACUUUUGGUGAAAGAUUUAAAAGGAAAACCUUAUUGCAAGUUUCACCAAGCAACCAAUCAUUCAACUAAUAGUUGUGUUCAUUUCAGGGACUUAAUUCAAGAAGCUAUAAUGGAGGGACGGUUGAAGUUUGAUGAUGGUAAGAAGGAAAUGAAGGUUGAUGUUGAUCCCUUCGAUGCUAAUGCUAGUUUCGUUGAACCAUGUUUCGGAGUGAUGCUGUUUUUGAUUAAAGACAGGGAUGUAUCUCCGUGUCCACGAUGUAAUGCUGUUUUUGAUGCUGAAGCUGCAACAAUCUUUGAAAAGAAAGAAUGA